ACCAAUAAGAAGAAGUCCAUCUGCCACCUGUCUAUUGGAUAGUGGACAGAGGUUGGGUGGCCAAAUCACUUGGGCAUUUUUGAGGGGAGGCAAGCAAAAGCAAGACCAAUCUGAAAGCCGGAGAAGGGGGAAGGAAGCAAUCGCCGAAGUCAACAGCGAGCUCCAUGGCGGCGACGGCGUUUGCAGCAGCGUCCCCUCCGGCAGCGGUGCUCUCUGGAUCUCGCCUCCUCGCGCCCGCGCCCGGUUCAGCCUCUCACCGGGCCCCAGUCCUCCUCCUCCCGCCGCCGCCUCGCCGCUCCUUCUCGUCUCCUCCCAUUUCUCUUUCCUCCUCCCAACCCCGUGAUCAUUGCAGGUUCUCUUCGCUACGGGCGAGAGCGACUUCUUCAUCGGAGGAGUCAUCUGGGUCUGGUGAUGAGCUGCUGGCUGAUUUGAAGGAGAAAUGGGAUUCGAUCGAGAACAAAUCUACUGUCUUAUUGUAUGGGGGUGGUGCAAUUGUUGCGGUGUGGCUAUCUUCCGUUGUUGUUGGUGCCAUCAACUCGGUUCCUCUGCUUCCAAAGAUCAUGGAAUUAGUGGGUCUCGGAUACACUGGAUGGUUUGUAUACCGCUACCUACUUUUCAAGGAUAGCAGAAAAGAACUAGUCAAUGACAUUGAAGCUUUAAAGAAGAAGAUUGCUGGAACAGGGGAAUAAUUGAGUAAGCCUGCAAUCUCUUGGGAUUAUCUUGAUGACCUGUAUAGGAUACACUAAUAUAGUAUAUUUAUCAGUGUUGUAUGCUAUUUCUUGUAUUGAGAAGUGUCCUCCUUGUAAUGCCAGUAACUAUUUGUGAUCAGAAAUUUCCGUCAGGGAAAAUAAAAGAGAUUAUUGUUUAUCCA